GGGAAAGUACUUUUGUUUUCUGGAGGGCCUGAUGAGGGCAACUUACGAUGCCUUGAGCCGUAGCCAAUUUCUGGUGACGAAGCAGAAAAGGCCAAGCUUGCUAUGACGAUGAGAAUUCCAGUGCAGCAGAUGAGUGGGGAAGAGGUCGUCCUUGACGCUGUUCCGGACAUGACCAUUGGCGAAGUCAAAAAGCUGCUCAAAGGACUACAGGAAGGUCACGAAGGUGAUGACAACUUAAGGAGAAUGACCAUGGUUGAGAUGGUCAUGGGUGAAGCGAAGCUCAUGGAUGACACCCAGACGCUCACGCAAGCAGGGCUUUCUCCAGAUGUGGCCUUGCACGUCUUGUUCACAGUCCGGUCAGUGGAGUGCUCAAGACAAGAAGAAGCAGGGUGCUGCUUGAGUGCGACACCGAGUGAUCGGGAAGCUUUGUUCGUGCUACACAUCCCAGAUGGUGUGACAGACAUUCCUCAGUACGCCUUCAAUUUCUGCACACUUGUCGGACAGGUGUCCAUUUCCAACUCUGUCACCCAGAUUGGAUACAGUGCCUUUUCUGGGUGCACUUCACUAACAAGCCUGACAAUUCCGGACUCCGUGACUUCGAUUGGAAGCAUGGCCUUUGCAGGCUGCAGGUCUCUCAAAAGCCUGACAAUUUCGAAGUCUCUAACUGAGAUUGGAUAUCGGGCCUUUGGUGGCUGCACCUCACUGACAAGCCUGACAGUUCCGGACUCUGUGACAAUUAUUGAAGACCAGGCCUUUGCUGGCUGCAGCUCCCUGACAAGCCUGACAAUUCUCAGCUCCGUUAUUUCCAUUAGAGGCAUGGCUUUUGCAGGCUGCAGCUCACUCACAAGCUUGACGAUUCCAGACUCUGUGACUGAGAUUGGAGAUCGGGCGUUUGACGGCUGCAGUUCCCUAGCAAGCUUGACUUUUCCAGACUCCGUGACUUCUAUUGGAGGCAUGGCCUUUGCAGGCUGCAGGUCUCUCAAAAGCCUGAGAAUUUCGGACUCUGUAACUGAGAUUGGAUAUCAGGCCUUUGGUGGCUGCACCUCGCUGACAAGCCUUACACUUCCCGACUCCAUCACUUAUAUUGAAGUGGAGGCCUUUGCUGGUUGUAGCUCCCUGACAAGCCUGUUAAUUCCUCACUCUGUUGCUUUUGUGGGGUCAAAGGCCUUUUCUGGCUGCAAGUUGUUGACAAGCCUCACAAUUCCAGACUCUGUGACUGCUAUUGGAGGCAUGGCUUUUGCAGGUUGCAGUUCACUGACAAGACUGACAAUUUCGGACUCUGUAACCGAGAUCGGAUGUCGGGCCUUUGAGGGCUGCAGCUCACUGACAAGCCUUACACUUCCCGACUCCAUAACUUCUAUUGAAGUCGAGGCCUUUGCUGGUUGCAGCUCCCUAACAAGCCUGACAAUUCCACACUCUGUAUCUUUAUUGGGAUUGAAGGCCUUUGCUGGCUGCAAGUUGCUGACAAGCCUCACAAUUCCAAAUUCCGUGACUGCUAUUGGCGGCAUGGCUUUUGCAGGUUGCAAUUCACUGACAAGACUGACAAUUUCGGACUCUGUAACUGAGAUCGGAUGUCAGGCUUUUGAGGGCUGCAGCUCACUGACAAGCCUGACAAUCUCAGACUCCAUAACUUCUAUUGAAGUUGAGGCCUUCGCUGGCUGCAGCUCCCUGACAAGCCUGACAAUCCCCCACUCUGUUGCCCUUUUGGGGGCAAGGGGCUUUGCUGGCUGCACUUCACUGACAAGUCUGACAAUUCCACAUGGUGUGACUUCUAUUGGAGGUAUGGCCUUUGCAGGCUGCAGGGCACUGACAAGACUGAACAUUCCGGAUUCUGUGUCCUCUAUCGAAGUCAGGGCCUUUGCUGGCUGCCGCUUUUUGACAAGCCUGGCAAUUCCACACUCCGUUGUGUUUCUCGGGGAUGCGGCGUUUGCAUGCUGCACGUCACUGACAGUCGUGACAAUUUCGAAGUCUCUAACCGAGAUUGGAUAUCAAGCAUUUGAAGGCUGCAGCUCACUGACAAGCCUGACACUUCCGGGUUCUGUGACUUCUAUUGGAGCCAUGGCUUUUGCAGGUUGUAGCUCACUGACAAGCCUGACAAUUCCCGGUUCCGUGACUUCUAUUGGAGCCAUGGCUUUUGCAGGCUGUAGCUCACUGACAAGCCUUACACUUCCCGACUCCAUAACUUCUAUUGAAGCCGAGGCCUUUGCUGGCUGCAGCUCCUUGGCAUGCCUGACAAUUCCGGACUCGGUGACUCUGAUUGGAGAUCGGGCCUUUGAUGGCUGCAGUGCGUUGACAAGCCUGACCAUCCCGGACUCCAUGACUUUAACUCGAGAACGGGCUUUUGGUAGCUUGCCACAUUUGGCUUUGUAGGAGACAAAUGUGCAGAGUUGUGGGCAGUGGUGUUGCUUCUGCAGAACAAGAAUGGG